UCCUGUUUUUUUCCUUAACGACGAAGAAAAAGCCAUGGGAGAGAGAGAGAGAGGUUAAACGGAAGCCAUAAUUAGCAUAAUAACUACGAUUUCAUCAUUCUCUCGCGUUUUGUCUUUUAUAGUAUCUUUGAAUAGGAUAAGAGUGUCACAGCUUCGUCUCUUCUCUUCUGCGAUCAUUCAUUCGAUGGGUCUUCUCUCCAACAGGAUCGACAGAUCGAUUUUGAAACCUGGGGAUCAUAUCUACUCCUGGAGGACUGCUUACAUCUAUGCCCAUCACGGCGUCUACGUUGGAGAUGAUAGAGUCAUCCAUUUCACUAGACGAGGCCAAGAAGUUGCAACCGGGACUGUUCUUGAUCUCAUACUAGUCAGCUCAGGUCCAUCUCGAAACCACACCCACUGUCCAACCUGCGUACCACCUAACGAAGGUCAUGGCGUUGUUUCCUCAUGCCUAAACUGUUUCCUAGCCGGUGGUGUUUUGUAUCGGUUUGAGUACUCUGUUAACGCUGCUCACUUCCUCGCCAAAGCUCGAGGAGGAACAUGUACACUCGCUGUCGCUGACCCUAAUGAGAUAGUUGUCCACCGUGCCAAACACCUCCUUCAAAACGGGUUUGGAUGCUACGACGUUUUCAAGAACAACUGUGAGGAUUUCGCUAUAUAUUGCAAAACCGGAUUGCUGGUUCUCGAGGGAAGGACAAUGGGACAGAGCGGUCAGGCUGUCUCGAUUAUAGGUGGGCCUAUUGCUGCUGUUUUGUCAACGCCGAUGCGGCUUGUUACAACUAACGUUUAUGGAAUGGCGGCUACAGCGAUUGGUGUGUAUUGUGCUAGUAGAUACGCUACUGAUAUCGGAAUGAGAGCUGACGUUACCAAAGUUGAAGCAGAGGACCUCACAAGAAGGCUGUCUUCAGGACUUUUCCAAGUACUUGAUCCUCCAUUGGCAGCCAUAGCUUUACCAAGCACAAGGUGAUAGAUAAGCUUUAAGAAGCUUCACCAGCUUUAUAUCACUGUUGUAUUUCUUGUUGUGCCUUGCCUUGGCUUAUAAAAUUGUUCUAAUAAAAACACUACUUGUAAGAAACUUAAUUGUUUUCAAUUAUAUGCACAAUUGAUCACCGUGUGAUUAACUGAUAA